CUACAUUCAAAUACACGGCGGGGCCUGCGGAGAGGGUAGAUAGCUAUACCGGCGGAUAGGUGGAGGGUUCACUGCGGUACCGUUCGUUCGUGCGUGCGUGUGCGGGGGACAGUGUAGUGAAGAGCAGUGCCGCAGACGCAAUGGCCCAGAACGUGGAUCCCAGCACCGCGGCCUCGGGGACCACCGCCGUCCUGAAAGGCAGCGAGAGCGGCGCAGCAAUCGCCCGGGGCUCGGUGUCUAAAAGGUUGCAACAGGAGCUGAUGACGCUGAUGAUGUCCGGUAACAAAGGAAUUUCCGCUUUCCCGGAGUCCGACAAUCUCUUCCGCUGGAUCGGCACCAUCGACGGCGCAGUGGGCACGGUCUACGAGGGAUUGAGGUACAAGCUCUCGCUGGAAUUUCCCAGCGGCUACCCGUACAAUCCUCCUACUGUGAAGUUCAUCACCUCCUGCUACCAUCCCAAUGUGGACGGAGAGGGCAACAUCUGCCUGGAUAUUCUCAAAGACAAAUGGUCAGCACUUUACGACGUCAGGACCAUCCUGCUAUCGAUCCAGAGUUUACUGGGAGAACCAAACGUACAGAGUCCCCUCAAUGUUGCGGCAGCUCAACUGUGGUCUAACCAACAAGAAUACAAGCAACGACUACACGAGGCGUACGCCCGACAGCUGAAGAGUUGAGGCUAGGCCCAGAACUUCCAGCCAUUCUCCUACCUCCUGUGUUCUUCUCCUGUGUUUCCCUUUUGAAUGUUUUGUUUGUCCAAUUAUGUAAAUGGGCAUGUGCUUUUUUUAUUAAUUUACCAUGUUAAUAAAGUGCACUGGUUGAGUUUUGUAAUAAAUUCUAUGGAA